UCUCUUGGCGUGCAUGCAUGCAGCAGCGACGAAUCUGAACGUGAGGCGCGCCCGCGCGCGCAUCCACGAUGAUGUGGAGCGAUCGAGCGAGCGCACGCGCUUCCGCGAAGCACGGAAUCGGAUGGAUGGUCCGCAAGCGGGCAAGGCUAUCCAGAGCGCUGCAACCUCACGCCAUCUCCAUCCUCCUCAGCCUUGUGGCGUACUCGACAACUGACUUCGAGCCUACCCACACCUUGACACGCAAAGUCAAACGUCGAGGCCCUCUGAUCGAGUAAUCGCAAGCACCAUUCGAAGCUCAUCACUGCACACACGCUCACACGCAAUAUGGGCUUUCUAGACAAGUUAGCUGGCAAAGCGGGUGGAGGACCGCCACCUUACCAAGGCGGCGGCGGCGGCGGCGGAUAUCCUCCUCAGAACAGCUACCCUCAGCAAGGUGGGUAUCCUCAACAAGGUGGCUAUCCUCAACAGAGCGGAUAUCCUUCAUCUCCCUCUGCAUAUCCCCAAAGCCCUCAGAGCCAGAAUCACGCCAGCAGCGACAACAAGGGUGGAGGAGAUGAUAGGCCGUUGCCAGAGGGUUGGAUCAAGCAGUGGGACAGCAACUACAGCCGCAACUUUUUCGUAGACACACGAGCAAAUCCACCGAGGUCGAUUUGGGUUCACCCCAACGACGAAGGAGGCUCAAAUCGCGCGCAGAACUACGCUCCUCCUACGGGACCUCCCCCCACUCAAGGUGGAGGAUACCCUCAACAACAGGUCCCGUACGGCCAACAGCCUCAGUACGGCCAGCAGCCGUAUGGCCAACAACCGUACGGCCAGUAUCCUCAGCAGGGAUACCCCCAACAACCCAUGUAUGCGCAACAACCUAUGCAACAAGGCAGAUUUGGUGGUGGUGGUGGUGGCAUGUUUGGAGGAGGAGGCAGAAGACCUGGAGGCGGCUUGGGCGCUGGCGGUGGAGCUGCGCUCGGUCUUGGAGCUGGUAUGCUUGGUGGUGCAAUGCUUGCCAACUCCUUCGACAACGCUCAAGAUGAUGCUUACGCCGACGGUUACAACGACGGUCAAGAUGGCGGUGACUUUGGCGGCGGCGACGAUGGCGGUGGCGACUUCUGAUUACGAAUGCUGAGUCCCUGGCGCGAGAGGGGCCUACGCCCUCGGACAUAUGCUAGGUAGCGGCCUUCUACUUGGCAUCGACUUUGUACAUACACCUCGAGCGUGCGCGAAAGCAUUUUGCCACCAAUC